CAUCCAAGAUGGCGAAUGUUGACUGACAGCUGAUAAAGAAUUGACAAACAGAGAUUACACGUUGAACUUUCACUUUGACAUAAUCUAGUGUGAUACUAACGUUUGCAAAUGGAAAGAAUUUAAAUAUUUAAUUUUGAUGUAACCAUUUAGAAAAGAUUGUUUCUUCACUAUUAAUUUGUGUAUCAAAAUACAAGCAUUUAUAAUGAACACUAAACAGAAUCAUUAGACUAAGGCUAGAUGAUGUAAAAUGGCUGAACCUAUGAAUGGGACAGUAGACCCAGUUAACAGGAGUUUGUUUUCUGUUUCUGGGCAGACGGACCACAUACAAGUACACAAAGUAAUCAAAGGGGAUCAUCAUUUACAUCAUAAUGAUAAAGAAGAACAUAUUCUAAAUGGAAUACUGGAUAUUGAAGCAUGCCGAAACAAAAACAAGGUGCCACCAUGUGCCAUGGAGAGAAGCAUAUCAACAUCUGCCAUUGAGCAUACAACUAGUAAAGAUUUGUACAAAGACGAUGAUAAAAAUGAAACAAAGGCAUUAAAUAUCAAUGGAGUGCAUACAAUUAGUUGUCAACCAAGAAGUCCAUUUUAUGUCAGGGAACCAAGUAUGCCCGAUUUGAAUUGUGUGUGCGAAAAAGAUGGGUUACAAAAGAAAGCGAAAUCAAACAGUAAAUCUGAUAUGGAACUUAAAAUUGAAUCUUUAUCAGUAGUUGGCAAUACUGACCAAAACGAUAACGUAAAAACUAAUCUACCUCUAUAUGAUAUGUCUACUAAACCCCCACCUGGAAAGCGUAAUCGGUCAUCAAUACAAGGGAAACAAUCCUGGUUACUGAGAUUAUUUGAAUCUAAAUUGUUUGAUAUGUCAAUAGCAAUUUCUUAUUUAUUCAAUUCUAAGGAACCUGGUGUUCAGAGUUAUCUUGGUAACAGAAUGUUCAGUUUUAAAGAUGAGGAUGUAGAUUUUUACCUGCCACAGUUGUUAAAUAUGUAUAUAAACAUGCAUGAUGUAGCUGAAGCUGUUCAUCCAUAUAUUAUUAACAGAUGUCGACAAAGUAUAGAGUGUUCUAUUCGAUCAGCCUGGUUACUUGGUGCCUAUUCUCUGGAUGUUGUAAAACCAUCGUGGAAAAACUCACAAGGAGUUAAAUUAAAAAAUAUGAUUAUGAGGGAAGAACUAAGGCCUCCAAAGCAAUUUGGGAAAUGUUCAUCAAAUAUUCCUAGUCCUGUUAUCAACCCAAUGAUGGCUAUGUCACCUCCUAAAACGAAAACUCAUCAUAGGUCAAGGUCAGAUGCAACAGGAAUAUACAUUAAGACAUCUCAGAGUACGUCUAACAUUGGUGAUAUAGCUAUGGACUUGUCUGGAGACUUGACAUCAGGAAGGGCCUUCGACAAUGGAUGUACUUGUCAUCAAAGUUCUGUAGCUAUCGUGAAUGACCUGACAGGGAAAGAAACAUUCUGUAAUUGUGGUGCUCCAAGACUAAAACCAGAGUUUGAAUUUGUUAAUGCAUUGAUGGCCAUUGGUAAAAAAUUACAAAUACUUCCAACCAAGGAACUAAGAACCUCCAGAUUAAUAGCAGAAUUAGCCAUGUUGAAUUUAAACCUUCCAGCAAGAGUGUGGCUGCCUACUGCAGAGAAUAUGAACCAUCAUAUAGUCAGAAUACCUCAUACACAGGCUAUUGUCCUCAACUCAAAGGAAAAGGCACCAUACCUUCUGUAUGUUGAAGUCUUAGAAGUAGAACAUCUCCACACGAGUCAUGUUCCGGGAAAGAUACUUGAAAAUACCAUUCGAUUUACACGAUCUGAGGAAGAUCUGCCGUCCCUAGUUACCAGGACAACAGGGUCACCACAUCCUGAGUUCAGCGUGUUUGGUAACUUUGUGCACUGUGACCUUGAUGAUGCUGAGUGUUGGUCACAGGAAGACGAUGAAAUCAUUCAGAUGCAUUUGCCAGUGAACCAUUCCAGAUCCAGUGACACCAUAUCCCAGUUCUCCGUAGAUAGUACCACCAGUGGAGACAGUAAAGAUCCUGUUUAUAUAGGGGCCGGAGAUAUCAGACGGAGGCUGUCAGAAAAUAUCUCAGCUCCUAAGGGAAAAUUUGAGAGAGAUCCGGAAGAUCCUUCAGCAGCUGCAUUAAAAGAACCAUACGAAGACAAGGAACAAAGAAUAAAAGACAAUUCACCGUACGGUCACUACCCUAACUGGAAACUGUUCACUGUCAUCAUAAAAUGUGGAGAUGAUUUAAGACAAGAACUUCUAGUCUACCAAGUACUGUCUCAGUUAAAGCACAUAUGGGCUGAAGAGCAUUGCCCAUUGUGGAUAAGACCUUACCAGAUAGUGGUGACAGCUAAAGACAGCGGUAUGAUCGAACCCGUUCUAAACGCAGUGUCUCUUCAUCAGAUAAAGAAACAUAGCACCAAAACAAAUAAAAAUACAGGACAGUUAUUAGAAUAUUUUAUAAAUGAAUUUGGACCAAUGAACAGUGAAGAGUUCCUCACUGCCCAGAAAAAUUUUGUACAAAGUUGUGCUGGAUAUUGUUUGGUUUGUUACUUACUUCAAAUCAAAGACAGACACAAUGGUAACAUAUUGCUGGAUUCUGAAGGACACAUCAUACAUAUAGACUUUGGUUUUAUUUUAUCUACGUCUCCUGGCAAAAACCUUGGAUUUGAAAACUCACCAUUCAAAUUAACACAUGAAUUUGUAGAGGUUAUGGGAGGACAAGGAAGUGAUAUGUUUGAAUAUUUCAAAAUCUUGAUCCUUCAAGGUUUGGUAACGUCAAGGAAACAUAUGGAUAAACUAAUCUCAAUUGUAGAGAUUAUGCAAUCAGGUUCAGAACUGCCAUGUUUCAGUAAAGGUGUCAGCACGGUACAAGCUCUGAAGUUACGAUUCCACAUGAACAUGACAGAAGAGCAGCUCCAGUUAUUGGUGGAGAAUUUGGUCGAGCAGAGUCUCAAUUCCUUAACCACAAAAAUAUAUGACAGUUUUCAAUAUAUAACCAAUGGCAUUCUGUGAUUUUUUUCUGCGGAAGAAUAUCAACAUAUAUUGGAAAUUACAUUACAAUUGUUUACUUUGACUUUAAGUGUAAAGGAGAGGUGUAUUUCAAAAAUCAUAUGAUGUCUGCAUAAAAGAAUUGAUAGAUAUGUAGAAAGGUUUUAACUCUUAUGUCUUUCAAAUUUUAUGAAUAUUCAUGAGGAUUGUAUGGUCAUUAAAUGGCAUUAGUUUAAUUUAUUUUCAAAACUACACACUUUCCUAUGAUAGGGGAAUUAUUGGCUAACAAACGGCUCUGCUAUAUUUUAAUAUGGUUAUCCCAGAAGGGGCCAGUAUUCCAGUUGUAGUCAUUGGUUGCUGUUUCAGAAUCUAAUGCAUUCUGGGUAAUAUUUUCAAAAGUGUGCACUGAAACGUUUUGAUUGGUUAAAAUGUCAUAAACCAAUAAACCAAGUGAUGUUAUUUUCAUUUUGGGGUACGAACAAUGAAAUUACCCAUGAUUCUGUAGAUUCUGAAACGGCCAAUUGGUUUUCCUAUAUUAUUUUAGUUUUAAUGACCGUUUGUUUUCAGUUUAAAAUUUUUGCACAUUUUUCAUUUGGGAUUAAUAACUUUGCAGCACAGGUUUUUUUUUAUUGUUGAAGACCAUACUGUGAACUGUAGUUUUUUAGUUGUCUCAUUUGCAAUCAUUAAAAUCUCUGUAUUUGUCAUAUAAAUUUGAAAUAAUUUGGAAGGAGUCUGUGUAUGCAAGAACCAAGUUAAUAUUUGUUGAUCUAAAAACCAUUUGAAACAAUUGGCCGUUUCAGAAUCUAAUGCAUCCUGGGUAAUAUUUUCAAAAGCUUGCACCAAAGCAUUUUGAUUGGUUUAAAACGUUAUAAACAAUGGAAAUUCAACCAAUGACAUAAUGUUAUUUUCACUUUGGGGUACGAACAAUGAAAUUAUCCAAGAUACUUUAGAUUCUGAAACGGCCAAUUGACUCAUCAAUGACAUCAUAAUUAUAUUUAGCCUGAAUUUUUGGAUCCUAAAACUAUUAUUUCAGUUUUGUAUUAUUUCAUUUUCAUUAUAGACAGAAAUGAAUUUUUUGUUAAAGAAUAUACCUUUUCAUUUAUUAUUUAGUUAAAAAUAUGGUCCAACUAAGGCCUAAUUGCACCCUGUCCUUUUUAUUGUGCAUAUGCAUUUUGAUGUCUUUCAUAACUUAAUGAAUGUAUUCUGUAAAUAUAUUAUCUCCCUUUGAUUGGUAUUAAAUUUUUAUUGUGUAUUGUAAGUCAUCUAUUAUUUAUUGAACAUUUUGACUGUUAUUUACAACUAUUGCAGCUCCAUAUUUUUUUCUUUAAAUAUUAUUCUUAAUUUUCUUUGAUUUAAGGAGUUAGACCUAGUUUAAGGGAAAUAACUCUUAAAAUCAUCAGUACGUUUGUGUCAACCAUUUUCAUAAAUAUAUUCUAAGCUUCUAGGUUACACAGAUUAUUUCCAAUCUGUUUCAGGUAAAAGCUUAAAAUACAUUGAUGAUACUUGACUUUUACAAACGCAUAACUGAUUU